AGGAAAUUCCCCAAAAUUGAGGUUGUUUCUUAUAGAAAUUCUUUUAUGUUAAUUUAUUAGAAGGAAAUUUAAUAAAUUGUUCAUCAUCGAGGAAUUAAUUUGGAGAAUUUAAAGUUCAUAAAAUCAUCAAUUUCCUCCAAAAAUCUCGUAUUUAAUGCAGUUGUGAAUAUCCAUCAGUGCUGCUCAAUCAAAUGAUGGCUACGACCAAGAAACUCGCUGCCUUGAGGGGUCUCAUGAAGAAGAUCCCAUCAACGGGGGAAGCAAUUGAUGCUUACAUUAUUCCCACGGAUGAUGCUCAUCAGAGUGAGUACAUCUGUGAUCAUGACAAUAGACGCAGCUACAUUUGUGGAUUUGAUGGAUCUUCGGGAACAGCAGUUGUGACCACAACAGAUGCCUAUUUGUGGACCGAUGGUCGGUACUAUGAUCAAGCUACAAAACAACUCGAUUCCCAUUGGACUCUCAUGAAGGAUGGUCUCCCAACAACCCCAUCAAUUGGGGCUUUUCUAGCAAAAUCCCUUACAAAAGGUUCAAAAGUUGGUGUUGAUCCAAAAUUAAUUUCCUUCCGUACCUGGGCACCGAUGAAGAAUGAACUUGAAGCUGCAGAUUGCGAUCUUGUACCUGUGAGGGAGAAUCUUAUUGAUAUAAUUUGGACUGAUCAACCUCCGCAAACAUCAAACACAACUAUUGUUCAUGAUAUCAAGUUUACGGGAGAAACUGUUAACAAAAAGCUAGAGUCAAUUCGUUCAUCGCUCAAGGAGAAGAACGUUGAAGUUCUCAUUGUUACUGCUCUGGAUGAGAUUGCAUGGUGUUUAAAUUUGAGAGGAUCAGAUAUCCCAUACAAUCCAGUCUUUUUUGCCUACCUCAUCGUAACUCUGGACAAAGUCUUCCUGUUCAUUGACAAAAAUAAGCUUCCAGAAGAUUUUGCAGUGCAUGAAAGUGCAAAUGAUGUUAAAAUUGAAAUUAAACCCUAUGACAAUAUUGAGGCCUUCAUUGGUGAAUUAUUGGGUCAGACAACGGGCAAAUUCUGGAUUUCACCAGCAUCUAGUUUCUGUUUGAAUCAUCUGAUCAGCGAAAAGCGACGUGUGCAGGAAAUAACACCCAUAAAUAUUCUGAAAGCAAUCAAGAACCCCGUAGAAGUGGAGGGUAUGAAGAUGAGCCAUAUUCGUGAUGGUGUAGCCCUGUGCCAGUACUUUGCAUGGCUCAGUGAUGCUGUGGCUAAGGAGGAAGCUGUUGAUGAGAUUUCCGGGGCAACAAAAUUGGAGGGUUUUCGUGCUAAACAGGAUCACUACAUGGGACUGAGUUUUACCACAAUCAGCUCAUCAGGACCUAAUGGUGCUGUAAUCCACUACCGGCCCACUGAGGAGACAAAUCGACCCAUUACAACUAAAGAAAUUUACCUUUGCGAUUCUGGAGCUCAGUACAAGGAUGGAACUACGGAUGUUACUAGAACGUGGCAUUUUGGCACUCCUACUGAGUACCACAAGGAUUGCUUCACACGUGUCCUGAAGGGUCAAAUAACAAUUGCCACAGCAAUUUUCCCGCGUAAAGUAAAGGGACAAAUGCUUGAUAGCUUGGCCAGAAAAGCCCUCUGGGAUGUAGGUCUAGACUACAAGCAUGGUACUGGUCAUGGGAUUGGGCAUUUCCUCAAUGUUCACGAAGGACCCAUGCAAAUUGGAAUGCGAGUAAUUCCAGAUGAUCCAGGUCUUCAGGAGAAUAUGUUUGUGUCCAACGAACCUGGAUACUAUGAAAGCGACAACUUUGGGAUUCGCAUUGAAGAUAUCGUUCAGAUUGUUAAGGCCAACAUUGCACGUGACUUUGAUGGAAGAGGUGCGUUGAGCUUUGAGACGAUUACAAUGUGCCCAAUUCAAACAAAGAUGAUUAAUGCCGCAAUGUUGACAGAGAAGGAGAGAAAGCAUUUAAAUGAUUAUCAUAAGCGUGUCUUUGAAACACUUGGGCCACUCUUGAAGAAAAUCAACGAUGAUUUCACCUACAACUGGUUGAAGAAUGAGACCCAGCCAAUAUAAAUUUACCAUAUUGCAAUUAUAAUCAGGAUUAUAAUAAUUUUUUUUUCAAUAAAUAAAAUACAAAUCUAUGAAAGAUUUAUAGAAA